AUGCCUCUAUCGGGAUGGCCGAAGGGUGGCUAUGAGGUGAGAUUGUGGUAUGUCCAUGUUCCUGAGCGCUAUUUCAUAUAUAUGGCAGCGGAUUGGAACCCUCGUCACGCUCCGAUCAAUAUCGGAUAUCCAUCACGAACAACAAUGAACCCUUCCUCGCAAUUGCUGGUGCAGCAGUUAGCUGCUGUAUUAGAGGUUGAUACGGCAGAGCUGGAUCUCAAUUCUGGUUUCGUGCACAAUGGUGGCAAUUCUCUCAGCGCCGUGGAGUUUGUCUCCCGAAGCAAAAGCCUAGGAGUCUCGCUGUCAAUAGCCUCUAUCCUAUCCUCCACAAACCUCAGAGCUCUAUUCACUGAUUUGCUGUCCUCCGAGUCCAAUCUUAUUCCGAUCCCAGAUCCAUCCGAUGACAGUGACGAUCUAUCAAACCCCUCCUCCUCAACUGGAGGCUCCCCACGGGUAGCCACGCCAAUCUCCAGCAAUGUAUCCACUGCGGCCGAGGACGAUUAUCUGACACAAGGAAGCGUCCUAACCCAAUAUGCCACCCAGAGCCUAAGCGAAAUGCAAGCGUCCCUCUUGCACGGCUCCCUCAAAAGCCCCGGAACCAAUAUCAUAUAUCACUACGAGACUUACCAAACUGACGUGAUUCCCGUCCUAAAAAGGGCGUGGAAGACAGUCAUCGAAGGCGAGCCGAUAUUUCAUUCCUCCCUUCUUGAUGGAUCAGCCCGGAACCAAGAAUACUUCACUUGGUCAGAAGUAACGGUGGAGACGGAAGCGGAGUAUCGCGAGCAACUACAAACCCUUUGGCUCAAAUCAGUAUCGUCGUCUUUCAAAGUAGUCCACUGGAAGCGAUCCCCUCCCGCUAGCAGUCAAAGCACGGUGAUCUGGGCUGUCCAUCAUGCGCUGGUCGAUGGUUAUUCUGCUAUGCUGCUCUUUUGCAAAGUCCGUCGUGCUAUUAAGGGCUUACCGAUUGUGCCCGGCCCAUCGUUUUCCGACGUCGAGAAGCGGAUUCGCGUGUGGCGUCAGGAGCACAAGAGUCAAGGCGAUGAGUAUUGGGCAGGCCACGCAGCCCAGCUUGACCAAGCCCAGGGGGAGCUCCUCCUUCCGGCCCCGACACCAGAAGGAACUUCCUCGGCAAUCACUGAAAGUGAGGAAGUCUACGUGGCACCCAGUGUUUCCAACACACAACUGCACUGUGUAGCCAAACGGUUAGGGGUGACUCUCUCCACUUGUUACUAUGCGGCCUGGUCAUUAGUCCUCAGUCUGUAUGCGGAUUCAGCCUCGGUGGUGUUUGGUGCCGUCUUGGCUGGUCGGAAUCUUCCCUUGGAGGGAGUCGAUGAAGUGGUUGGACCUCUGGUCAAUACACUCCCCCUCUGUCUCACUCUGUCUCGACAACAGUCGGCUCAAGACUUUCUCAAGAAUUUAUUCUCUCGGAUGGUGGAGCUGGCUGAGUACCAAUGGACCACACCCGAUAAUGGCUACACGAGGAACUUCUCCUCUGCUAUGGCCAUGCAGGUUCCGGGGCCUGAAUGCAAAGAUGGCGUAUCCCCUAUAGAGCCCCCAUAUACGCGACAGACGACUGAUGUACCACUGAGCAUCAAUAUCCUAACCGAUGGCGCAGCUCGCUUUGUCUACCACACCAGUCAAUAUAGUCGGGCGGAUAUUGUUCGUCUUGGGAAGUAUUUCCAACGGGCGCUGCAGCUCCUCCUUCGGCCACACCGACCUAUAGAGGAAUGCCUUCAGGGGCUCUUGGGAUGUGUCGAUCUUCAAACCCUGAUGGGCUUUGGCAAUUGUAGCUCCUCUCUUACCACAACUGUCGCCAUUAAAGAAGAUUUGGUGACGCUAUUCGAGUCCGCGGUGUCUCGUAACCCAAUGGACGUUGCGGUUCAAAAGGGCAACUGCCACCUUACAUACCAGGAGCUUGAUACUCACGCAGGUCGCGUUGCCGCUACACUGAGGGGUUAUAUCCAGGAUGGAGAUGUGGUCUGUCUCCAUGCAGAUCGGUCAGUUAAUUGGAUUGUUGGGAUCAUGGGCAUCUUAAAGGCAGGAGGUGUCUACUGUGCUCUAGACAAGGCCUUGCCCCAAGAGGCCCGUGAAACCAUCUUCUCGGCCUCUGGAUCGCGUCUGUUCCUGGUCCCUUCAUUGUCCGACCAAUCUUUCUGCCCGACCGAUUGCGAUCGUCUGCUGGUUGUGGAAGACCUGGUGAAGGAUGACAAUGUCCCAAUCACCCAUCGUGACUCGCCUCGACCACAAACCGAUGCUUACCUGUGCUUUACGUCCGGGUCGACUGGCAAGCCUAAGGGUGUGAUGUGUCUCCAUCAGGGACUGGUUGCAUUCCAGCGUGACCUCGAAGUUCGGCUGUUUGCACAACCUGGUCGCCGGGUCGCUCAGAUCAUGUCCGUGGCCUUCGAUGGCAGCAUCCACGAGAUCUUCUCAGCGCUCAGCUACGGUGCAGCUCUGGUUCUUCAAAGUGGGGAUGAUCCGUUUGCACACUUGAGCGACGUGGAUUCGGCUAUUCUCACUCCAUCCAUGGCGCGUGUCCUCAAUCCGGCUGACUUUGAGCGGCUUAGUACCGUGAGUACCAAAGUUUACCUCGUCGGUGAACCUGUCACGCAGGAUGUCUGUGACCGAUGGUCUGAACAAAAGACGCUCUACAAUAUGUACGGCCCUACAGAAGGGACCUGCGGCGCGACUAUCAAACAGUUGCAUCCCAGGCAGAGGGUGACCAUUGGGCCCCCGAAUCCCUCCACCCGCAUCUACAUCAUGAAUCAACAUCAAGAGUUAGUCCCGCCGGGUGUCAUUGGCGAGAUCUACAUUGCAGGAGUCCAGGUGGCACGCCAUUACAUCGGCAUGCCCGAACAAACCGCACAACGGUUCGUGGCCGAUCCGAUCAUCCGCAUUGGGGAGCGUAUGUAUAAGACCGGAGAUCGAGGGUACUGGUCAGAAGAUGGGGAAGUCGUCUGUCUGGGACGAACUGAUCGCCAGAUCAAACUGCGCGGCUUCCGCCUCGACUUGGAUGACUUGGAGACGCGCAUGAUACGAGCCUUCCCAGCAGUCACUGCGGUUGCACUUACUCGUCAGGGGAACCAUCUCAUUGCCGCUAUUCUUCCUGCCUCGACCGAUGUGGAUGCAUUCUCGGCGCGGGUGGCGCAGGUCUUGCCCCCUUAUGCGACACCACGCAAGAUAUUGGCCCUGGAUGAAUUUCCCACCACCAAGGCCGGCAAGCGAGACUACCUAGCGAUUGCAAAACUCAGCGCACAGGCACCUGUCUCAACCGGUCGGACGUUGACCAGUCCAAUGGAGAAGCUCGUCGGCGACGCGUUCCGUGAUAUCCUCCAACUGGGCAAAGAUGUCGCACUGCAUACACAUUCCAGCUUCCGGGAGCUCGGAGGCCAUUCGCUUCUGCAGUUACUGUUGGCCACUCGGAUUAGUCAAGGGGUCAAUCGACAGGUUCCUCUCUAUGUAGUCGCCCAGCAUGAUCGCAUCGACCACCUUGCCGCUGCCAUUGACAGCGGGCUGGGCUUGCAACAGCUGGUAACGACCGAUCCAAUGGGUCUGGGUGAAUCAGCCAUCGCCCCGAUUGAGAGAGAAUGGUGGCAUAAGUACCAAAUCAACGAGAGUACCUCCAGCUUCAAUGUGAACUUCAUGGCUAAGAUUGAUGACUGUCUGGUGGAUCGUGCGCGACUAGUCCAUGCUUGUAAUGAGGUUAUGGCCCGGCAUCGCGUCCUGCGCUCUCGGUAUAUCUUCAGUCGAGCAGCAGGGCGUGUGGUGCGCCAGUACAGCCCGUUGGCACCUCGAGUGCAGGCAGUCAAGACUGUGAACCCAUGGGUGGAAGUCAAUCGGCCCUUCUCUCUCUCUCGGUCUGCUCCCAUCCGUGCCGUCGUGUCAGAUUCUUACUUUAUUCUCACCAUCAGCCACAUUGUGGCCGACUUGACCACCUUACAAAUCCUCCUCCGUGAGAUUUCUUCGCAUUACCAGGGAGGUAGUCUGCCGAGCAUUCCACACACGUACAUGAAUAGUACCCUCUGGUACGAAAAGCCUACAUCCUGCGAUCUCGACUUCUGGUCCGAUUGCCUUGGCCAACUCCCGGACACUACACAUCUGUUAGGGCAUGGUGGCUAUCGACGCGGUUAUCGUGGCCGGUCUGCACUCUGUGAAGUCCCCCCGACGACCUACCAGAGUAUGCGACACUUCCUUCGCCAGUCAUCCAUCACCGCUCAGCAAUUGUCGCUGGCCACCAUCGCGCUCUGCCUCGAUGAUCCGUCCGUCCCGAUGCCAACAGAGACCGACAUCGUCUUGGGAAUUCCAUACAUCAACCGCAAAUCCCAAGAAGACUUAGACGUCGUCGGUCUCUUCCUUGAACCUUUACCAGUUCGCAUCAGCUUCGGCCAGGAGACACAUAAUCACGAGAAGGCAUCAUAUCUCGACACUGUGCAACGGUCCGUCCGAUCAUCCGUGGGCCACGCCGUCCACUGGGAUCAACUCCUCGAGCAUCUUCAGGUGUCUACCACACCUCCAGACCACCCUCUGUUCGAUGUCGUGGUCACCUUCCACAGUCAGAGCCAUUCCAAUGGGCUAGAGCUCUCUGCCCCGGGACUCCGGACCUGCUACACAUACGCCGAAGGAGCCAAAUUCCGGCUGCUGUGCGAGUUCAGCGCGCUAUCGGAGGACCGGCUGCUGUUGAGAUUGGAGUACGAUACCGAUUGCUUUACGGAAGAGAAUAUACAGCUUCUGCAGGCGCGCAUUCCGCUGGCCCUUUCUCUUUUGGUGCAGAAUGUGCCGUAUGAUAUGAUCCGGCAAACACUGGCUUGUCCACCGGAGACACAGCCGGUUAAGGUGUUGAAACCGGAUGUGGUAUUUGGGACCCCUCUCUCUGAUAUUUAG